AGGUAUGGAUAGGUAACGUUACUGUACUGUAUUGUGUGUACAUGUACAAGUACAUGUACGUUAACUAACAGACAGGCCACACAUCCUCUCUCUAGCUCGCUGCCAAAAACUUGCAAAUUCAUAUCCCCGCCUAUUGAUUAAAUAUUAAAUUUUAUAUGAAGUGGGAGAGUGUGGGAGAGUGUGGGAAUCAACAACAUUCUAGACGUACGUACAGUAACUUACACACCAUUAUUCUUGCCAUUUCCUUCCUCCUCCUCCUCCUCCUCCUCCUCCGCCACCACCACCAAAGACGUUUAUUUGAGAAGGUUGUAACUUGUCAGCCUAUGUAUGUCUCAGCCUCCUGUUCCAGUCCCGUUCUCCACAAUUGGGCGAUUUGUCUCAAUCCGAGUCAUCCAUCUCCCCCUGCUAAAAAAAUCUAGUUCAGUCCUCGUAUAUAGCCCAAGUGUUGGAACCUGAUGGCUUUUUUUUUUUUUUUUUUCCCUUCUCCGCACUUCCGGGCUUGUCUUUUAUCGUGUCUGUUUUUCUUCUGUCUGUACAGCAAUAAGUGGAAAUGAAAGAUUCAACGUUGGUUUGGUUUGGUAUGGUUAUCUCUUCCCCCAAAUACGCAGUACAACGAGACUCUUCUGGAGGGUGAGAGGUUCAUCUUUCGUGAUUUGGGGGGCGGGAUUGUAUUUGGAACAACCCAACCCCGCGCGAGGACAAGACAAAAUGCGGUUUCUCCUUAGUAAGAGACGUGGGAGUUAUUUCCUAGGGGUGGGAUAUCACCACAGCGAGUUUAUAGGGGGUAAAUGAAGUGUGAACAAACACUGGAGAAUUGCGACGAUGUACGGAGUACAUACAUUACAUGUACAUGUACCGUAGCGACGAGAAUAAAUAUGCUGAGCCUGGCAACCGCCGAGACAUUGCCGAAGUUCGGCUUCUAUGUAAGGUGAAAGAAAGAGAGCCCCUCGAAAAGGCUCUCCGACGAGAUAAUAAGUCGGGAAGUUCUUGUUGAGUUAUCAAGAAGUAUCAUACUUUUUUCUUUUCUUUUUCUUUUUCGAUUUAUUCUCCGUUGGGGUCUGUUAGGUUCGUUAUUACCAUAGUUAUCUCUUUGGCGGAGAGUUCAGGUUAGGGCCACACAGCAUACCAGGAUUGCAGGAACGGGAACCAGAGGAGCUUCUUUUAAUAAUAUAUGACUAGGAAAGGGGCAGGAAAAGGAUAAAAAAAGAAAAGAGAAAGUAAGUUAUAAUAGUUAAUGAUUCACCAAGGACUAUUUCAGGAAAAACUAGAUUGGACUCUGCCUUUUAUCGUUUUAUAUUCCCAUUUGUUCCAAGUUCUGCAACUCAAUCUGAUUCCAAGCUGAUUGAUCUUUAUAUUUUUAUAUAUAUAAUUUUUCCCCAGCUUGGGGACUAGAAUAUGUUAUUUCUUAUAUUCUCCAUGGAUGUAAAAAUCAAUAUCCAUGGGAUGUUUGCCAUGCUGGCUACAAGGGCCCCUGGUACUCGGUCAGCCACCGACAACUUAUUUAUCACUAUGUAUUCUUGCAUCUUGCGAGGGUAUGGUAUGGACGUUGGCCAAUAAAAGAGAAGGGUGCUGGUAUUAUUUGCAGAAAAAUUCGCUGGAUGUGUUUGUUUAUUUACUCUUUUUUUUUUUUUUUUUUUUUUUUUUUUUUUUUUUUUUUAUGUAGUUGUGAUUGAUAUCCUGGAUAAUUGCCGGAUUAAGUUGCGCUGGGAAACAAGCCGUGUAUUAGAAUCAAUCUGAUACUUUUAGUGCUGUAGAUCAGGGGCCCGCUCAAUUACAAUUUAACAGUAAAUAAACAGUUUACAGUUUACAGGAAUUCUGAAGUUCUGAGGGAAUAGAGAUAGGCGCCUAGGCCGAGUUGCAGGAGGGUCAGUCAGGAAGAACAUUCAGACAGGAAUAAUAAUAUUAAAUAAUAUACGGAGUAUACUCCGUAUACAACUUAUUAACGCUGCGAAAUAUUCUCAAGCCAUCCGGGGAAUCACAGACUGGGCGCUUGCUCUCUGCUACUUAGAUUGGCCGAGCUUGUGAGUUGCCAGACUGGUGCUAAGACUGAUGCUAGACUGAUGCUAGACUGCUCUGCGAAACGCCCUAUAUCUCGGCUUGUCUCACCCUGGUCGUCCGGUCCCAAUGUCUACAUUUAAUAUUAUUAUUAUUGUCGUCGUCGUCGUCGUCGUCGUCGUCUUGCUUUCUUCAUCUUCAACAACUCUCGCUCCUUGAACGCCCUCUGCCCUGCGUCUUGCUGGUGCAAUCCUCUUUCCCCUCUUUCUCUUGAACCCUCGCGGGACCCCUUACAUCAGGAUCUGAAUACUCCGAAAACAACCCUUGGAAGAUAAAUAUAAUCUACGAUUAAUGGACUCGGGAAAGAGAUUACCUCUUGCGUUGCUUUUCCCAUGAUAUUAUUAUUAUUAUUAUAGUCGUCUUCCUCUCCUCCUCCACGAUGUUUGCCCGUAUCUCCUUUCCCUUCGCUUCCCUGAGGUCGAUCCUCCCCAGCAAAGCCACGCCCCCGGCGUCCUCCCAGAGAAAGAGGGAGGACAAUUGGGUUGAUGGCCUCCGUGGUGUUGCCUCCUUCAUCGUCGUUACCGGCCACAUCUGCACCGCCUUCGUUCCGUAUCUACACAAUCCCACCAUUAGAGAGGGUGAGGGCCCUUUGUUAUUCCAACUCCCCUUCUUCAGGCUCGUCGUGGGCGGCCGUGGCGCCGUGGCUAUCUUCUUCAUCAUCACCGGCUUCGUCAACUCACUCAACCCCGUCAAAAAUGCCCGCGCCAACAACACCUCCGUCGCCCUCGUCAAUCUGGCAAGGAGCACCUUCACUCGCUCGGGCCGCCUAGUGCUGCCCACCUCCAUUGCUGUCUGUAUUGCUUGGCUCCUGGCGCAACUUGGUGCUUUUCAUAUGGCCUCUCGGGUUGAUGCGGGCUGGAUCCGCCUACAAGCCCAUGGUCCAGAUGCGUCUUGGGGAGAGGCUCUGAUCAAACUCUUCCGUGCUUUGACUCUAUUUUGGCAUACCGGCCCAGGUGAAUAUGAUGGCACUCACUGGACACUUGUAUAUUUCUUGCAAGGUUCGUUCCGGGUAUAUUUGGCGCUAUUGGCCAUGAUGCUUCUCCAGACACGGUAUUGGCGCCUUGUCACCGGAUUCCUUUACGUCUGGUGUUGGUCUACUGGAGAUUAUAUCGUUGGAAUAAACAUCUUCGCAGGCCUCGCGCUUGCACAGCUCCAGGUGGACCUUGGCUCUCGGGCUACUUCCUUACUUCCCAAACCCGUCCCCUCGCUCAUCAUCCUCGUGGGUCUGUUUGUAUGGAGCUAUCCACAACACAAUGCACACUGGGCCUACUGGUCACGAACAAUGAAGGAGUCAAUGGAGCUAGUCGUCCCCGCCAACACCGACCUAUCCCGCUACUGGGUCUCCGUCGGCACCUCAAUCCUUAUGGUUGGAAUCUUCUUCUCCCGCAAUGCGCAAAGAGUCCUCACGAACCCCGUCUUCAAUUUCCUCGGCCGUGUCUCCUUCCCCGUCUACCUACUCCACAACUCGCUCAUGCGCACCAUCCUCGUCUGGAUGGCUUACUGGCGUACCGCAGCCACGACCCCAAAGACAGAUGCGCAGGGCAACCUCAUUCAGCUGCCCAAACCGGGCGGACUGGUGUUUGUAUUCAUUCUCCCGAUCUUCUACGCCGUCUUGUACACGGUUGCGUACCUGUGGACUCUAUACGUAGAUCCAUUGUGCGCCAAGACAGUUGACCUGUUGAAGCGCUUAAUGUUUAGGGAGGAGGAGCAACCGCAGGCUGAGAAACCUGUCCCUCUGACUGCCGUGGUGGCGUAACAAGACAACCGUUUCUUUUUUUCCCCUCUUUUCCUCUAUCUCCCGCAUCUUCUCUUGUCGUCUCAUACGUUUUAUUCGUUUUUAUUUAUUUUUUUACAUAUAUUUUCUAUCUCCAGUCGCAUAUGCAAGGAUGCCUAUACAAGCAACCACCACACCUAUCUUACGACAAAAUUGUCCACCCAUUCCUUCCGAGGAGCAUCCUUAUCGGUGUGCAUCUUUUGGAAAAUAAAUGAUCUGAUGCAAUUUUUAUUUUUAUUUGUGCAUAACAUAGCAUGCGGGAAAGCCGACAAGAGGGGACCUGGAAUAUUACAUAUAUUACCCCCCACCACUUUCCUCGUUCAACCGCUACUUUUAAAACCAACCCCCUCCCCCCAAGCCAAAUAUUGAAACCCCCUAGGUUUUCAUAUUUAUAUUUACGAAUUUAUUUAUAUAUUCAUCCUUGGAACUCAUGGUUUCACAGCAGUGUUGUCCUGUCGGUCGAGACUUUUCCAGUGAUAUUUUUCAGGGUUUUCCAGCCUCCCCGUCGAGUCAGCCCAGACCAAUACAAAGCAGCUAAAGAUACUGGGUGUCUCGUGUCAGGCUAUGUUGAGUCCCCCGGGCCUCUGGUUAUCAAUCAAGGCGCGUGAACGUGUUGGGUAUCGGCAGAUGAUCUUCUUGGGGUAUCUACGUUCUGCCAUUGAGAGAGAGACUUUUUGGUUCAGGUGCCGCGAAUGAGGGUUUUCCGCUCUGGGGACUGGAUGGUUUGGGUUGUCAUAUUCCCGGUCUUUACUGCGUUCCUUUUUUCAUUUCUUAUCCGUUUUCUUCUCUUUUUUCUGCGUUUCGUCUUCCGUUGGCAUAUUUCCCCUUUUCAUACCUCAUAUAUAUACGUAUACGAAUCUCACAUCUCUCAUUCCCUUGUUACUUUUUGCUCUCUUUUCUUUUCUCUUUUGCUUCUGUCAUUUUCCUUCUUGUUCUUUUUCUUUUUCUUUUCCGCUACUGUUAUAGAUUAUGGAGUUCUUUUUGUAUUUGCAUCUUGGGGAAACUACAUACUACCUCACUCUCUAUAUAUACAUAUAUAUUGAUAACUUAAUGCACACAAUGACAUGACUCAACGCUUAAACUCUUGUACAGGAUUUUUCUCUCUCUUUUUCUUUGUAUAUUUACACUCCUUGCGGGCGCCAAUUUGCCUCCCCUAGUAACCCCGGUCUUACGGCUUUUUUCUGUUUCCCUUCUCUGAACAUUGCGCGUCAAUUAAUAGAUUCUACACGCAAGACAAGGGAAGUAAAAAAGAAAAUAAAUUCUGGAAUUCGCAGAGAAAGGAAACUAGCUAUCUUUAACUGAAUAAAAAAGAAGAAGGAACUAAAUAACAGACCAAAAAGGCGGGGCUACUGAAGAAAGAGAAAGGAAAUUGAGGAGAUCAUUAGGGAUGACAGAGGUGGAAAAUAGAAUAGAACGCUGGAGGGGGCAAGAGGGAGUGGGUGCCUAGAGGAAAGUGGGCUGAUGAUGACGAUGGAUGAUGAUGAUGAUGAUGAUGCGGGAUAGGGUGUCGGAGUGGAUGGAUGAUGGCAUGGGAUGCGUUUAUAGAUGGGUUCGUUUGACGGAGAAUCGAUGUGGGUUAGAAGCCGAUUCCUAACUCCUCUUUACUCCUCUCCUCUCUCCGCGUCGUGGUGUUGCUUUUUUUUUUUUUUUUUUUUUUUUUUUUUUUUUUUUAAUUCCGUUUAUUGGAAACAAAAAUCGAAGCAUGGUCUUCAAUUAUCGAACCGCUUUCUUUCCCGGCGUAUAGAUGAACAACGCCGAAACCAGCCAUUCUAUUCCAUCCACGGAUGCCCACUCUCAACCCCAUCCGCGACCCCGUCCAUCCAAAACACCGCCUCACACCACAAGCAUCCCCAUAAACCCUGCCCACCCACCCAACACCCAACAUCCAAGACGCAAACAGCGAAACACACUCAGACCCCCGCAGCCCCCGGCGCACCCUCAUCCUUCCUCAACUCAAGCAGCAACUCGCGAAACCUCUCCUUCCCAGACCCGCUCGCACCCCCCUUUAACCCCUUCCCACUAACAUCCACCAACUUGGCAAUGCGCUCCCAGCUGGUUCCGCCCGCGGCCGUAUCCUCGCGGUUCUCCAGGAACUCGUCGGCCUCCUUGCGCGUGCGCUCCUUGGCGCGGUCUGUGCGCUUGUUGUAGGACUCAUAGUAGUCGUCGAUGUCCUGUUGGGCUUUGGAGAUGGUGGCUGCUUUGCGCUCGGCGGAGAUGGCGGCGCGGCGGGUGAGUUCUUCGUCGCGUUUUUGGCGCCAUUCGCUGUGGUGGGGGGGGAGGGGAGAGGGAGGGUUAGACGAUGCUGAUGCUGAUGAUGUCGUUCUUGUUGCCGUGAUUGUUUGAUUGAUUGGUUGAUUGGAGGGGACUUACCGGACUGCUUCUGGCUCUUCUUCUGGCUGUUUGUAUGUGGAGUAUGAAGGUUGGAAAGAACUUGUGCCUGUGAUGGUCCCACCUGGCGCAACUUGCUGCAUAUGAAAAUAAGAUUAGAACGUAGAACAUAGAACGUAAUUUCUUUUUCUUUUCCUCGCAUUUAUUUAUUUUUUGAACCCUCAUCAGGAGAGUACGUACCUCAUUCUGUGAUUCUAGGGCGGGAAACGACGAUUCGAACCCUCCCAUUAUAUCUCCG